GGCGCGGCCCCUGCGCGGCUGCGGGCGGCACUGCCCGCGCUGCUCGCCCGCAGUUCCUGAGCGAGGAAGGGAAGGAGCGUGUGCACCCCCGUGGGGGAGUUUUUGGGAGGGUUGACUCUGGUCCAAAGAGGACUUUGAAGAGCUUCAGAGAAACCAAAGCCAAACUGAUGAAAGCGGUGAUCUGCGGCAGAUAGCAGGGGGGCCGGAAAUCCCACUUACUCACAUGGGAUAGUUCCGGAGAAGCUGGAUGUUGUCACACAGGAGAGGUCCAGACACUGGUGGGAAGAAGGCCUGGAACAGCUCCUGGAAGGAUGAAAAAAAGCGCUGUUCUCGGGAUCUUUGACAGAGAGCGGCGGUGGCUGCCAGCCCUGUGCUCCUGCAUCACCGUGAAGCUCCAGGAGGGAGGGCGGAGGUAUUAACGUGUGAAAUUACAGUGAGAAGGAAAUACUUCCUCAAGCAGCUCGCAGUGGUUUUCUCGCAGUUGAACCGUCCCACGCGGGGGCCGUGGGGCUGCGGUACAACACUCCAUGGCCGGACACCCACACGGGUGACCGGAGCCUCCCCGUUAGCACCGGCCACGGCCACUUCGGGGGGAAAGCAGAGACUCCCCGUUCCCUGCGGCGAGCCCGGGGCUGUAAACGAAGUACAAGAUGGCAAAAACCAGCCAUAGCAACUAUGUCCUUCAGCAGCUAAACAAGCAAAGAGAGUGGGGCUUUCUGUGUGACUGCUGCAUCGCUAUCGAUGAUAUUUAUUUUCAAGCACAUAAAGCAGUCCUUGCUGCCUGCAGCGCCUAUUUUAGGAUGUUUUUUAUGAACCAUCAAAACACUACAGCCCAGCUGAAUCUAAGCAACAUGAAGAUUAGCGCUGAAUGCUUUGAUCUUAUUUUACAGUUCAUGUAUUUAGGAAAAAUUAUGACAGCCCCUGCCAAUUUCGAGCAAUUUAAAGUGGCCAUGAACUAUUUACAGCUAUAUAAUGUACCUGAGUGUCUGGAAGAUAUACAGGACACAGACUCCUCUAGUUUAAAAUGUUCAUCUCCUGCUUCUAGCACCCAGACUAACAAAAUGAUAUUUGGUGUGAGAAUGUAUGAAGACGCACUUGCUAGAAAUGGCAGUGAAGCAAACAGGUGGGGCAUGGAGCCACCAAGUUCAACGGUAAAUACAUCCCAUAACAAAGAGCCCGAGGAAGAAACUUUGCACCUCAACAGCUUCCCUGAGCAACUGUUUGAUGUCUGCAAAAAAAGCACCACGUCCAAAUUCUCUCACACGAAAGAGCGCGUGUCACACUCGCGCCGGUUUGGAAGGAGCUUCACCUGUGACAGCUGCGGGUUUAGUUUUAGCUGUGAAAAGCUACUGGAUGAGCAUGUGUUAACAUGCACCAACAGGCAUUCCUACCAAAGUGCCAGGUACUACAGUGCUGAGAAAAUAGACUUUAGUGAAAAGAACUCUACUUCUAAAAUGAUCUCCACACAAACAGAAAAAUACAAGGGGGACUCGAACCAUGCUGCGGACGAUUCGUCGUCUCCUGUGUCAAACAUCACGAGCAGAAAAAGCAGCACUGUUGCCUCCGAGACAUCGGGUGAAGAAGGAAGCAGAGCCUCUGAGAGGAAGAGGAUUAUCAUCAAGGUGGAGCCAGAGGACAAUCCUACGGAUGAGCUGAAGGAUUUUAAUAUUAUCAAGGUGGCAGAUAAAGACUGCAAUGAGUCUUCUGACAAUGACGACCUAGACGAUGAACAGGAAGAGCCGCUUUACAGAUACUACGUCGAGGAAGAGAUGAGAGAGAAGAGAAAUGCUCGGAAGACUCUAAAGCCUCGCUUAUCCAUGGAUGAGGAUGAAAGAAAGUGUUUGAAAAGUCCACGGCACCUUAACAGCAAAGCUUCUUCAGUGCAGGAGGAUGUGGAGAAUGCUCCCUGUGAACUUUGUGGGCUAACAAUCACUGAGGAAGAUCUGUCCUCUCAUUAUUUAUCCAAACACAUAGAAAAUAUAUGUGCUUGUGGCAAGUGUGGUCAAAUACUGGUCAAAGGCAAGCAGCUGCAGGAGCAUGCACAGACCUGUGGAGAACCCCAGGAUCUGACCAUGAACGGGAUCAGAAAUUCUGAGGAGAAAAUGGACUUGGAAGAAAACCCCGAGGAGCAGUCAGAAAUAAGGGACAUGAUGUUUGCAGAGAUGCUAGAGGACUUCAGGGACAGUCACUUCCAAAUGAACAGCCUUCAAAAAAACCAGUUAUACAAGCAUUCUGCCUGUCCUUUCCGAUGCCCUAAUUGUGGCCAGCGUUUUGAUACUGAAAACCUAGUGGUUGAACAUAUGUCAAACUGCCUGGAGCAAGAUCUGUUCAAGAACUCCAUGCUGGAAGAGAACGAGAGGGAUCACAGGCGUAAGCAUUUCUGCAACCUUUGCGGGAAAGGAUUUUAUCAGCGUUGCCACUUGCGGGAACACUAUACCGUUCAUACCAAGGAAAAACAGUUUGUUUGUCAGACAUGUGGGAAGCAGUUCUUAAGAGAGCGCCAGUUGCGGCUCCACAAUGAUAUGCACAAAGGCAUGGCCAGGUAUGUCUGUUCCAUUUGUGAUCAAGGAAACUUCCGAAAACAUGACCAUGUACGGCAUAUGAUAUCUCACUUAUCAGCUGGAGAGACUAUAUGCCAGGUCUGCUUUCAGAUAUUCCCAAACAAUGAGCAACUGGAGCAGCACAGGGAUGUUCAUCUGUAUACAUGUGGAGUAUGUGGAGCAAAAUUUAAUUUGAGGAAAGAUAUGAGAUCUCACUAUAAUGCCAAGCAUUUGAAAAGAACAUAAGCAUAAAUAUACUGUUAAAGCAUUAAGUUGACAGCAGAGAGAACACCAAAGCAAAGCAUAAGUAUAGUAAAAAAAUUUGAAAAGGAAAAAAAAUUGAAAAUAAGUCUCUUUUUUAUUAUUUUUUUAAGACCCUCCUAACCAUAGGUGUCUAUUUAGGCUCAUUAAGUAUAAAGCUUUGAAAAGCAUCAUGUGUUUAAUUAUUACAUUUUCACUGUUUCCUAAUACCAGUUUCUGUUCUUAAUUUUAUUGUUUUACUACGUAGAUAUACAAAUCAUUAUUUUUAAACUGUAGAUUAAAAGCACAAUGUUACCCCUUCACUGACUGCUAUUAAACAGUUCUCGGAUCCAUGUCCGUAAGAUGAGUGCUUUAAUAUUUCCAUGUGUUGUUUCUUCAUGUGAAAAUUUUAGAUGCCAGCGAUUAAUGUGCAAGAGCAUAAUUGUUCAUAAUCCCCAAAUUAAUUUUCAAAAUGAAAAAAAAACCCUAAACAAACCCAAACCAACAAUGCCAAGAAAUAAUCCUUUGGGCUCUGACUCUGCUGCAGGGGCAGAGCUGGCUGUCCUGGUCCCCUGCUUCUUGGCUUUGUUGGAAGGUGCUUCCCAGGGGUGAGAGCACAUAGGCUCAGUUAACCCUUGCAGGCUUGGGCUGGUGUGCACAAGUGGGAAGGGAAUUAAUGACUCUUGGGAUAACCAAGGGGUUCCAGCACAGUGGUCGUUUUCCAGAUGGGAAGUCCUAGCAGAGCUGUUCAACUGAUGUUGGCCUUUCUUUCACUGUCUGUACCUCUGUGGGUAUAUUUAACCUGCUUAUCCUAACAUAUAAGGGAGGAGUGGCCGUGGUGGGUUGCUAGGAGUGCAGUAUGGCCAUGUGCACUGAAUACUGCAUUUUCAGCCUAGCUGUGAACUGUGUCUUGCUGCUUGUGUUGGAAAGUUAAAAGCAGGGUGAGUGUGGAGAUAGUCCCAUUGCUUGGGACCUUAAGGGUUUUUUGCUUCUUGUUUUCAUGAUACUUUAUGAAUGUUCUGUUUGUCAACAAGAAUAUAACAAGAAAAGACUGCAGAGUUUACUUAAUAAAUGUAAAGAUAUUUUAUGCCUUAUAAGAUUUCUUUCUGAUUCUAGCAGAGCCCUAAUCUGUGCAGCUUGUCUCUUAAUUUAACUGAAUUUUAAAAUCCUACUAAGUACCAGCUGACACCAAUUCAGUGAGGCACUUUGGCCUUUGAGAGAGCAACUGGCUUUGACUCUCAGGCACCAGCUGUCUGAACGUUUGUUAAGUGUGUGAUUUGUGGUGGGGUGGAGGAAAGGAUCCUAAUAUGUAAUUGUGGAGAAAACAAUUAAAAAAUAAAACUUGGUUGUACUUUCUCCCAGCAGAUCUCACUUUAUCAAAGAGGGUGGUAAUGCUAUUUCCCGCUGAGCUAUGGAGGGAGGAAAGUAAUUUAGAUCAGCAAUUAAGGCAGUUGGAUUAGGUGAUCAUUGCAGGUCCCUUCCAGCUGAAAUGUUCUAUCACCUCAUGUGCCAGUGGUGGAGUUGAGAAUAGGAGCCAAGAGCUGAUGGUCUAGUCCAGGGCUUUCAUGUGUUCGUUUUUGUCAGAGUUGAGUUUCAUUCCUGGUUUCUUGGGGAUUAUGGGGAUUAUUAAUUUUAGACUAUUCAGAGGAGUGAAUAUACAAUUCAGAAUCUCCACUUCAACUGUUAAAAGUAGUGUGAGUUGCCUUGCAUUUAUUCAAUUUCAAAUGCGCAUUAGGAUUUCUCUUGGUUGGCAGACGUGUGCAUUUCUGCAGUGAUGGAGAAGGCUCCCCCACCAGCCCUUGGUCCUGAGCCAGCAGCUGCUCUGAGGCACCAGCUGCUUUGGGCAUAGUUUAGUGGGCUUUUAGUGUUUUGUUUUAACUGCUCAGUCCUUUGUUUUGUUGUAUGAUUCUGAAGUCAACUGAGUCCUCAACAGCAGUGGAGCCAGAAGAGCACAGGCAGGAAUACAUGAAUACUCCAGCACUCCAGAGCUGGGGGCUUCAUAAACUGCACACAGUGAUUCUCUGACAUGCAGGUUAUCCCUCACAGUAUCAGCUGGAUUGGGAAAAGCAGUCAAGGGAAGUGAAGGAGAACUGGAGAGCACUGGGGGAGCUGGCAGGAGGGUCUCUGGCACUGGAGGAGUGGGAAGAAUGACUGGGAGAAGAGAUCCUGAAUGGGAGGGAGUGGCAAAGGCAGGCAGGCAGGAUCAGAGCUGUGCAGUGGGAAGCAAAUCCCAAAGGUGGCAUGGAGGGGGUGGCUGGAGGAGUGGAUAAAAUGUCCCGGCUGUGAGAGCGGAGUGAGGAUGACUCAGCUUGGCUGGGGAGCUGUGGGCCUGAGCCAUGAGCUCACGAACGCCGGUUGCGUACCAAGCACGGCCGGCCCCGCUGCCCGCAGCGCUGCGGGGACACGGCACAGGCCAGAUUAAAGACCUUGCUGAAAGGCAGGAGGUGACCUCUGCCAUGUAAGGGAUCAGUCCUGAAUUCGGUGAAGGGCUAAGGGUGAUUUAUAGAGCCUCCUGCUCAGGAUCAGGAGCCCUUGUUUGGAGCCUGUUGGUCUGAACUUGACCCAAAAAUGUUUCUUAAAAAAUGUGACUUCCUAGUGCAAGUAGACCUGUCAACUACAGAAGUUAAAUGGAGAAACUGGGAAUGAUGGUAUUUACGUGUACUAUCUAACUUUAUAAACACCCUGAAUACCUCUGUUUUUCAAUUAUAAGCUAUGUUGUUGUAGUAGCCUUUCAAAGUAAAGUUUGUUAAACCUUUCCAACUGAACUUGAAUUGAUGUUUUUUCCUGUUCUAGGGAAACAAAACCCAGUGCCUUGGAGUUCACAUGUAUGAAAGUCCAUGCUAAGGCUCACAAAGAGCAUGAAUUGCACUGCAGGGAAGCUUAAAAGUGGAUCUACUUACAUGUAGGCAGAAAAAAUCAGAAUGACUGAAGUAGCCUGAGAAGUGAUCAAGGCCAGUAAAUAGAUGAGUAUUUGAGAUGAAAUGUAAAAGUGUGCAGGGGAACAGCAUGGGACUGUUAGAGAAAAGGCCUGGAGUGACAGGAGGAAUUUGGCUGCUGUGAAAGGGGAGAAGGUCUGGGUGCUGAGGCAGCCUGGGGCUGGCCACUCCUGAAUGUUCUCCCCAGAAUGGGACAAUAUCUGCAGGGGAGUGAAAUGAUGGUGUUUCAGUGCUUCUACCAUACAAAAAUGAUUUAAUGUGGAGACAGAACAAAAAAAGACAUGAAAAAAAAUCAAGAGCAGUUAUCCUAGAAGUUUUACUGUUACUUGAAAGAUCAUGAAGGGGAAGCAAAAAUAUUUUAUUUAAGAGUUCUUUUCCUCUCAUUUGUGCUUUUUGCUUGCCAUAACAUUGUUCUUUUCCGUCUCCUUAGUGAACAUUAGUGUGUAAAAACACUUAAGGAUCUUUAAAACUGGAGGUGUAAGCAUUGCACAAGGCGUAGCCAGAAAGAAAAAGAUUUGCUGGAUGCCAUAAGUUAUAUUUUAAAGUGAUUUGCUAUUCUUAUUUUUGGAGGACCUCUCUGUGUUCUGUUGUUUUUCCCAUUUUGGGAGUGCUAUGGGCUGCAAUCCUAAGAAUUUUUAAGUGGCCAGCCUAGCUCUUAGCUUUCAAGGUUUAGUGAAAGUUCAAAAGAGGGAAUUCAUGAAGACCUGGGAUGAGCUUUAAAAUAUCACAAAAACUACUGAGCUUCUUUUUCAGUUUCAGAGGAGGUGUUUAAAAUGUUAAUAUAUAUAUACUUGUAAAUGUUUCCUGCUGACUUGUUAGUUCAAAGAGUACUUACAUUUGUGUAUAAUGAUAUUUGUAGCCAACAGGUCUGUGGAGAAAUCUUGAUUUCAAUAAAUAGAGUAUCAUGGAAUUCUAAGAAUUUAUGCUUUAAUUAGGGGAUUUCUCUAUGUAAUACUUUCAGUUGGUGUAAAACAUAUAAUUCAGCGUAUUUUUUAUUCAAAGCUGUAGACAGAAAAUAUAUUGCCCUGUAUUAAAAAUACAUUAUUAUAAAAGUGAAUAGUUUGACUACACGAUUGUAUUUGAAUACUCUAGUGCUAAACCAUCAAGAGUCUCAGAGCUGUUGGUGAGGACACAAAUUUGCUCCUGGAGGCUGUGCCACCUUGAUCCCUGGCAGCCCUUUACUUCUCUCCAUUAGUUUCAGCUCUCCUCUCCCCUGUGUGCCACCCUCUCCGUUAUCAAAGAGUAUGUACCUAUGGAGCUGCACAGUGCACUGAAUCAAACAACAGGCUUUUUUCUAUUCCCUGUGGGGCUGGUUUUUGGCUGGAUCAGUUCCCUGCUGUGCUUCCCUCUCCAUCUCUGUGUCAGAUCUAGUGCAAGCACAAUAGAAGGGGUGGCACGAGAGGAGGAGUGAGUGGCUGGGAGGGGGCUCCUUUGCUUAGAGCAUGUCCCAAAUUUAACUCGGUCUCUGUCUCCCCCAAGCAUCCUCGGGGAAGCUGAACUCUUACAUUCAUCUCCUAUUUCCUGAUAAGGAAAAAGGCAGCCCAACCUCUUACAAAUGAGACACAUCUCUGCUAUCUGCCCUCUUCGUGAGAACUGGAAACCUUCCUGCAUUCAGCUCAUCCCACAAAUAUGCUCUGGAGCUUUCUUAGUGUUUCUUGAAGCAGACUGGGUAGUGCUCUGCACCACUGGGUUUGGCCAGUGGUUGUGGUUGGCCUGGCCCAAGGCCAGGAAUGAGCUGGGCCCCUUGUCUGGCCAAACACCAGGAAUGGCUCCCACCUUCCUCUGGCCUUCCUGCCCUCCAGCUGUGGGCCCAGAUGCAGGUGUGGAGCUCCUCUGUUGUCCUGUGCUCCUCACUGCUUUUCUCAGUAAGGGGAGCCAGUCAUCUCAUUUUGGUCUAAUGCUGAAAGCUCAGGCUAAUUCCAUGUGUAAAUUAAGCUGAUGCUGGCAGUAUCUACUAUCCCUGUGUGCUUCUGACUUUUAAGUGCUUCUCAAUCUCAGAGGGUUAAAAAUCAAACCUUCUGACUUCCCUAAUUCUCAGCUGGUUUGAUGCUUGUCACAGACUUAAAGACCUACAAGAUGAAGCAUGACUAAUUUGACUUUAUAAAGUCUGCUGAAAGCUAGAAAUUAGGAACAUGUUUUCCAAAGCUGACAUUUUUGUAGUUCUCAGCUAUAAACCAGUUUUCUGUAUUUUCUUCCAACUUCCAAAAAACUCCUAAAAUAUUGCUGUGCGGUGUAUUCUUGAGACGUGUGAGUAGGCUGAGAUUUUGUAGGGGAAAGAUGCCAAAAAUCAGGACACAUUUUAUAAAUUAAGUGUCUUUUGCUACUUUUACAGUCACUUCCACAAUUCUGGAAUUAAUUGUGAUUUUAUUUUCUUAAUGCACAAAGACAAAUCUUAAUUUGUAACAGGGCAGUGGAGCUCAUGACUCAGGAAUCACUUCAUCAUGACUAUAAAUAUUCAGCCCUGAAACAAACAGCCCAUGUUCCUUUUCAUGUACUUGAAUGGCCAGUGCCAGCUUCAUAGGAGAAAUGCUAUCAGAUCUUUAUUUGGGUUAUUUUUACCCUCAAAUAUCUUGAAGGGUGGGAUUUUUUUAUUAAUUCAAGACAUAAGAAAACAACGUUGUGCAUCGUGCUUUUAAAGAAAUGGUUUUCAGUAAUUCAUGCAGAUUCCCUGUGUAAGAGUGGUUGGAAAUACAUUUCUAAAGUUUCUUAUAAAUAUAUUAAAGAGAACAUAACAGAACUGUGACAUGAGAACUCUUCAGAUGGUUCAAGGCAGGUUUGAUUGUCUCUUUUGUGUAGCCAGUGUGGCACACCUCACCCCAGCAACCUUGAGGUUCAGACGUGGUCAGAAUCUUUGAUUCUCUUGCCAGAAAAUGAAAAGGUUUAAUCCUUUCCUGUGCCUUCUGGCAUACUAAAAACCAUAGUAAAUCUUCCUGCAGCUACAACCACAAAAACAAUGCUGCAUGUAGAAUUUCCGGUGGGAGAAAAAAAAAAGAAAUGGUUCAAGAACUUCCCUCUCUGACAAAGUUCUGCUGCAUUUAUUGUUUUCACUAAACUCAUGUGUGAUUUGCAUCAAUGACAUUUUGGGGUGUACUUUUUUUUGUUUGCCAAUAAGACGUGACUUCAGAUAAAUAUGUCUUCUAGUUAUGUAGACAUCCCAAGACUCCUGACAGGGAAUGUGUGCAUCCCUUAUAGGCCUCUAAAUCCUGGAAGCUGUGUAGAUUGUAGGAAAUCCACUGGAAAUCAGGACUGUUGUAAAUCCUUAGUUUCUCAAUCUGUCUGUUAGGCAAAGUGCCACCAGUGUCAGAAAUUGCCAAGGUCUCUGCAGCAGCUGUGUUGCCAACACAAAAGAUGCAAAAAUCAGUCUUCCUCCCUCUCUUUUCCCCCAUCUCCCCUGAUGACAAGGUUGCUGUUUUAGAAAUGCAUCCUUGCAGCUCUUUUAUUUGCCUUUUUUUUUUUAAUUUGUUUUUUGAAAAGGAAGAUUUGCUUUCUUGCUGUUUUAAAGCAAUGAUUAGGGCUAAGAAGUCGCUUUUUUAAAUAGUUCUCACAUGUUCAGUUAAACCUACACAACUCAGUAAUACCUGUUCUCUCCUUUUUAGGUAACCAUCCCACUACAUUGCGGGUGGUCACCAGAGGGACUUCUGCUUCUGACUCCCCAGAAAAUGAAAGGGAAAAAUAACAAAUUGUCCUUCUCUCCAUGGCAAAAGCCCCAAAGACCAUGAAAGUUUGUCGAAAUGCAGAUAAGCUGGCUAAAAAUAGAGUUUGCUGAAUACCAUAAAUUGCUUUUGGUUUUGGCAGCAGAUACACCAGACUUCUGGUAUCGGUUACGCUCCUCUUACACAAGUCGUUGUUAGGGCUUUUAUUUAGGAUGCUAAAGAUGGUGCCUUGGUUUCUUCCCUGCCUGUGGGUUUCCUACUGGUACCUACUGGUAGAGUCCCAGCUUCCAAAUUACUGAGGCUCUGGUUUCUAGCCAUUGGUUAUUGAAUUACUUAGAAUAAAUCAGAAACAUUUUAAGAGACAAAAUCUAAAGUAUCCCUCCUUUGGGAAAAGGAUAGAAACAGUAAUAUUUUAGGAAGAAGAAAUACAGGGUGGGAUCUCUUGGAACUGAUGAAGAGAUUGUCUUAGUAUGUCCCACAGCCCAGGAGAGAGCUCAGAUGUCUGAGCUACAUUGUUAUCAGGUGAAUUAAAUAGAAGUUGUGUACACUUACAUAUGCUGUAAAAUAUGACACUUAAUACUCGGCAUGCCUGGAAGUCUGAGGGUUAGCCCCACCUAGUCUGCUUUCAGAUGGAUUGUGUUUCACUUAGAUUUUACUGGCCAUUGCUGACACAGUCGGUUCUGCCAGAAAAGACAGAGGUCCUGAUGUACAGUAACUUAAAAAGUGGAAAAUAACUCAGUCAAGACACAAGAGAUUUUACAGUAAUUGUUACAGUUCUUUCAGCUUUAGUUUGUUGUGCAAAGAGUUAAAUAGUUCAAAGGCAGUUUCCUUUGGAGAAUGUUUAUUUGAUCAAGUUCAGUGUGGCUUAGACCCCAAAUAGAAAUACCAACUUCAAACAGAGCACUGCUAUGAGAGAAGGAAUGAAUAGUCUGUGGCCUCCCAGACCUCACAAGCUAUGUUGGUUUGUUACACAGAGUCAAAACAAAGAUGUCCCUUAGAACAGAUAUACAUUAACUCAGUGUAUUUCACACACCACAUCUUUUAUCUCCCAUCUACUUCCCUCCCUGGUCCUUUGGGCUGUGACAGGAUUGACUGUAUGAACUACAGUCUCCUCAGUGAAAAGCAUAUAUGGUGUGAUUGGACCAUUCAAGCUAUUUGGAUUGUUAGAGAAUGUUAGGGGAGCUACUGUUUACUAAGUACUACAUCCUCUGGAUUUUGGAACAGCGCUUAUCUUUGCUUCUUGGUUCCCUUUACAUUGCAGGAAGCAGGGUGAGGAAGAACCCAGUGGGUGCUUCUCUUAGAUGGAGCCUGGAAGAUCUUGGUGGCUGAGGCGUGUUGUUAUUUUGUGUCUUCAGGUCCUUAGCUGGCUGAAUCUUCAGACUUCUAAUAAAUGCACUAAGCCUUGAAAAAGCAUUAUUAAUGCAUGAUGAGAUUCACCAAGUUCAGCCACUGAACAUAAGAAUGGAAUCCAUGCAGAUGCUGUUAGCGCAGGAACCUGGUAUCGAGCCAAAUCUGGAGAGCCAUCUUUGAUCUGUCUCCAGAUUCUCCUUUUAUUUGUAAACAUCCAGCUAAUCACAGACUUCCUCUGACUUUGAUGAAGUGGAAGGAGCCGCAUCCUCUGAAAGCUCUGGGAAGGGCUGGAAUUCUUCAGAGGCUCAGGAUGCGGGGAUGGGGGUUCCAGCGCCAUCUCGUGGCUCGCUGGGAACGCGCCUGUCCCUGGAAUGCUCCAGUUUGCCGGGAGAAGGCGAAGCAGAUCCUCCCGCGGUUGUGCAUCCCCAAACAGUUCUGUGCUUAGGGCAGCUGGGCGGUUUUAGUCUGUGAGGAGGGCACAACGUUUUAUCUCUGAUCUCCCUGCAGGCUGCAGGCUCCCGGCAGUGCCGGCAGCUCCUUGUGUGCUACACCCCACCCCACCACAGCUGGCACUGAUUAGCAGUGUUUCUGCUGUCUCAUCGGAAAAAUGUGAUUUAAUAUUCAGAGGCAGCCCACCUUCCCGCACUCAGAGGUGGUCCCACACAGCACAGCCGAUUUAUUUCAGGGAGGUGGUGGAAUGAAGUUUAGUCAUGUGUGUGAGUUGUCCAUGAUUUGGAAAUGACAGGAAUUCUGGACUGCAAAGUGCAGGCUAACAUGGUAAUGAACAGCAAUGGCAAACACUGAUGUCCAGGGGAAAAACAGCGCUCACAUGCCUACUGUAGUUAGAACAUCUUUUUUCCCUCCUUUGCUAGUUUACCAAAAAAAAAAAAAAAAAACCAAAAAAACCAACAACAACAAAAAAAACCACCAAAAAACCAAGUACUUCCUGACAUCUAAGCUAGUAGUGUAAGAGUUACUUUGCAAUAACAGCACUGGUCCAGUGAAUUCCCCUCCAUGAUUUUAAGGAUGUGGUAGGCAGACAUACGGCCUUGCUGCCAGAACCAGCAAUACUUUGAAGGUUGCAGUUUGCCCAAGACGUGUUUCCCCUGUUCACAUUGCCCUCACGGCACAAAGCAAAAGCCUUUUGUCCCAGCUGGCCUUUUUACCCACCUUAAGUAUGUGACAUGGCACAGAGGGCAGAUAAAAUACCAGAGAAGCCUGGGCCUGGCACAUGCAGUGAGUGAGGGCCUGGCCACAGUGCACACUAAGGUGUGGAGCAUCACUUGAGGCUUUCCUCUCCAAGGUGUGCCAGGAAAUUCAGCCCUGAGCUGGCCUCAAGGAUGCUUUGGCAGGUAAGUAUUGCAAAGAGCUGCUAAACCUGGCUUCAUGUGCAGCCUCUGCAGUGUAGACACAACCACUUGGGCCAGGGCUGCCACAGUCUCAUAGAAACACCAAGUGUAAGUUAUCCAGAAGCGGCACAAUCAUAUACUGUGUACAAUGUGAUUCACAUAUCCAGAGAAAGAAGUCAGUGUGCAAAAAAAACCCAACAACCCUGAGGAUUGUCCUCAAAAACUACAACCGUGCAUUUCCAGUUUCUUGAUUGUUCCUCUUGGACACAAAGCGGCUCAUAAUUGUCAUGAACUAGUGUGGUUGAAAGAGACUUCCUGAAAUUGUAAAUAUUUAUAUAAUUUAUCUGCAUUUAACCUAAAAUAAGAAUUUGGGGGGGUGUGUGGAGUGUGUGUGUUGAGUAAAUACAUAACAGUUAGCUCUGAGGCAAGAUAAAAAAAAAACCACAACCAAAAAUACAGUCAAGUAUGAAGCAGAAAGAAGUAUUCCAGUUUGGGGGUGUUCCAUGCUGUGAGUGGCUGAGGGAAAAUAAUACUUGUGCAAUUUUUUGAGCAUCCACUAAGCCAAGCCAUAAACCACUGCUGGAAAGUAACACAUACAGUAUGAAAACUUACUUCUGGGAGGUUUGGGAAGUGAAGUUUUUCUUCAGCAAAUCUGUAGCUGUUUUGAAAACAGAAGGCAAAGGAAAAAGAAGCAAAAGUUUCUGAAACAAGAUGACAACACUGUUUAAGGUUGUGUUCUGGUGGGGUAGGGGUUGAAGGAAAUGUAUGGUUUUUUAAAAGAGUUCCUGACUGUGGUGGGUGCUCUGAAUAUAACUGAAGGAUGGGUAUUUAGAGCAAAACCACACAUGGUGAGGUGGGAGGGACCACAUCAUGCUAGCAAAUACAGUACUGCAGUGCGGGCUUCUGACUUUUAAUAUUUUUCUUGCAUUUCUUUUCUGCAUGGCAGUAGUGAAAUAGGGACUUCUAAGCUUCUGAACAACUGAGAGAACCAGAUUUGGAGAAGACAUGAGGAAGAACUGGUCGGCAAAAGAUUUCAUAAAAACUCAGAACCUCGUGUGCCAGAUCUGAAUUGGCACCACCUUUGCUUUUUUGACAUACUGCAGCAGUCGCAAAAGGCACCAAAGCAGUCAAAUUAGAACAUGCAGUAAAAGUCGUUUUGGACUCUUCUAUGUAUCAUAAAUCUUACUUCUUUGUGACUAUUACUUGCAGCUGUAAGAAACAAAUUUGAAGUCUUUCAUGGAGCAGACAGCCAAAAGAGGCAGAUGCCAGGUGUUAAGGGCUACACUGAAAUGAAUUUGCAAAAUUUCUAUCCACAUGCUGGAGUGCUCCUUUUCUGAAAUGAGGCUUUUUAGAGUUGCUGUCAAAAACUGUGCAGAUUUUUUAGUUCAAACAUUACAAGUGUAUACUCAUGCACAAUGCUAAACUAUCAAGUGUUUAAAAAAAAAAAAAAGUUGAAAAAAAAAUCUUAAAAACUGAGGACAGAGGGUCCCUGAGAAAGGACAGGAUGGUGAGAGAGAUCCAGCUGACAUGAUUUCCCCUGCUGCCAUGAUCAUCAUUUGCAAGCUGAAGAGGACCUUCCAUGGAGCACAGUGCUUGUAUGUGGAGAGUAAAGAAAUGGUGCUCUGGUCUUUUAAAAAGAAUGGUGAAAUUUUUUUACCAACAAGGAGAUGAGUAAAUGUAAAAUAAUUUUCACAGGGCACAGGGUGCACGUUGCUCUGGAGCUAAGCCUUGCAAAAGCUGUCUUGAAGAAGAGAAUCAGACGUUUAUGUUCAGAUUUGAACAUUUUAGGAAUAGUAAUGUUUCCAGCUAAAUUAAUGGGGGGAGGGAAAAACCCUAACUAAAAAAGCAAUAAGGCAGUAAAUGUUCCAAAUUAGGAAGCAUGAAUUAUAAAAAUAUCAAUUUCUUUUGCUUCCCUCAGACAACAGUGGAUCAAAUUAAGACAUGUAAGCAGACUAAACAUGCUGAUUAUAUUCUGCUGUAGUUACAUAUUUUACUAAUUCUACUCAUGAUUAUAAAAGGAUGUUUCAUUGUUCACUAUAACUGUUAUCUUAAAAAGAGUCUGUCUAUAAUUUUAUUUAUAAUUGGCAUCAUUUUCAUUACUGUUGUUACAAAGUGUGUACAAUAUUGUCUGUAUUGCAGCUUGUAUAGGGCAUGUGUCUGUGCUUGCUUUACUCUUUUUGAGUUUAUAAAGUUACUAUACGAAUGCAAGAAAAGAUGUUCAGAUAUUUUUGAAUGUGGUUCCUUAAUCUAAUUACAUAGCCCCCAAUGUUUCAGCAUAUAAAUGUUGAAGGUAUCAGCCUUAUUAACACAUAACACCUUAAUGCAGGUAUUUUAAAAGCUUCCAGUGCAGCACUGGAAUGCUGAAAUUCAGUCUCAGUGGCUCUAUGGAGUAAAGGGGAGGAUGGUGAAUAUCUGGGCAAAGCUGGAUACCACUGGGGACUCUGCAGGGAGAAGGCACAAGAUACCUAAGGGCAAAUGGGAUGUGCUUUCUAUAGAAAACAUGAAGGACCUUAAGAGCAGGACCACCACAAAGCAGAGGAGAAAAGGGAAUACAUUUAUAGCAUCACCUUCAACAGUAUACAAAGUGUAGGACAUCUAGAACAGGCUGUGACUGUUCUGUAACUUAGCCAUUACUUCCAGUCUAUAUAGAGUAUCAGUAAAGACAUUCCAGGUUAGUUAUCAUCAUCUUUAAAGCUUAUUCUGUGCUUUGCGACAGUAUCUUUAAUAAAAUACUCUUACAAAUCUG